AUGGAGAACGAUAUCGAUGGAUAUAACGAUACGUAUAAAUUUUAUUUCGUUACAGAACGAAAGCCUGUUAGUGAUCUUGAAUCAGCAAAAAUUAUCAAUACCGCGGAUUCGAUCGGAAUCACGAAUCUUAAGGACAGUGCAGCGGCUGCAUUAGCUCUCGAUGCCGAAUAUAGAAUUCAUGAAAUUAUACAGGAGGCGAACAAGUUCAUGCGUCAUUCGAAACGUACAAGGCUUACUGGCGAGGAUAUAAAUAAUGCUCUUCGUGUUAUUAAUGUAGAUCCACUAUACGGAUUUACUUUAAAUGACAGUUUCAAAUUUCAACGCACUUUAGUAGCAGGUCAACAGGAAUUAUUAUUUAUGGAUGAUGAUGAAUAUGAAUUUGAAUCCCUUAUUACCUCUCCUAUGCCAAAAUUACCUGCAGAAGUCACAUACACUGCUCACUGGCUAGCUGUUGAAGGUGUCCAACCAGCAAUACCCCAUAAUCCACCCCCACCUAUUGAAGAUACUAUACCGGAAAGUAACCGUAAAAAGGCUCCUUCAAAUGCCAUUGUUCAAGUUCCUAAUGGUGUGGUGGUUGGCACACCUGAUAUUGAACUUAAGCCUUUAGUUCAACAUGUAAUAUCUCAAGAAUUAAAAGUGUUUUAUGAUAAAGUCACAAAGACCAUAAAAGGAGGGGAUAAUAAAAUGAAAGUAUCGGUUCUUAAUAGUCUUCAGCAUGAUACUGGAUUGGCACAGUUGCUUCCAUAUUUUGUACAAUUUGUUUGUGAGCAGAUUGGACAAAAUAUCAAAAAAAACACCAUAAUAGAGUCAAUACUGGAAAUGACUGAUGCAUUAAUAAAUAAUACCAGUCUUCGUCUAGAACCUUAUCUACAUCACCUGGUUCCUGCGAUAUUAACUUGCGUAGUAAGAAAGAAGUUCGGCCCUGAUCCCGAUUAUCAUUGGAAAAUACGCGAUUCUGCCGCGCUUGUACUUGCUAAAAUAUGUGAUCGAUUUGGAAUGGAAUAUAAUACUUUACAACCAAGAGUUAUCAAGACAUUAUUGUCCGCUUUAACUGAUCAAACAAAAUCUUUAAGUACUCAUUAUGGCUGUAUAGUGGCUUUGGGUGCAUUGGGACGUGAGGUUGUAAAGACCAUGUUAGUACCAAAUCUUAAAACAUAUUCAGAAAUAUUAGAACGACGUAGAAAUGCUGAUAAAAACAAGGCAGAACGUUGCGAGAAUGCUAUUUUAGAUAUACUGCCGAAAUUAAAAGGGAGUAGUAUUCCAACGGAUAGUAUUCAAAAAUCACAGAUUUCGGAUGAGGAUUUGCAGCAGAGGUUAGCAGACAAAAUUGGUGUUCAAUUGGCGAAACAAGUAAUUGAUAAAAUUGGUGAUAAUGAAGUUAUUAUGGCUAUACUUAAUUGUUAA